UUUGAGAAUAAAGAGCAAAGAAUAGAGAGAAAUAAAGAUUGAAAGGCAGAGGGAGAAAGUAACAUAGAGAGAGGGUGAGGGAAGCUGUGAGGACCACCAUGGAGGCUGCUUGGAACAACUUCAUCUUCCCGACGGCUGCUGUGGAUCAGACAGCCGGUGUGCAGGCCGACCUCCUGCCCAUCCUGACUGCCGCCUCCGUCUCCCAGGAGACCAGCCGUGGUGUCGGAGCCUCGGACGGCCCACUGCAGCAGGAGAGACCCAAGGAGUCGCAAUCACAGGCCCGGAGUGGGCCAGGACCCGAGCUGGACAAGGGGAAGGCCAGGGGCAAGGGACCCUUUGUCUGCCCACUUUGCUCAAAGGAGUUCAAGAACAAUUACAAUCUGCGGAGGCACCAGCGCACCCACUCGGGAGGAGGUAGGAGCCAGCUACAAGUUGCCUCGGCCAACCCCAACCCCCCCACCAUGGUGCCCAUGGCCCUCCUCAGUAUGACCAUGGCCGGAGUAGGGGGUGGCUUGGGGUCAGCUGAGACGGCCUCCCAGCCGACGGGACCUUCCCCGUCUCCCGCCCGCCGUAUCCGGAAGGAACACAGCUGCGAGCUGUGCGGGAAGGCUUUCCGUGACAUCUACCACCUGAACCGUCACAAACUCUCGCACUCGGAUGAGAAGCCCUUCGAGUGUCCCAUCUGUCAGCAGCGCUUCAAGCGCAAGGACCGAAUGUGCUACCACGUCCGCUCGCACGAGGGUGGAGUCAACAAACCCUACCUGUGUAAUCACUGCGGCAAGGGCUUCUCCAGACCUGAUCAUCUCAACAGCCACGUCAGGCAGGUCCAUUCUACAGAGAGACCCUUUAAAUGUGAGACCUGUGAGGCAGCAUUUGCCACGAAAGACCGCCUGCGAGCCCACAUGAUCAGGCAUGGUGAGAAGGUGCCCUGUCAUGUCUGUGGGAAGCUGCUGAGUGCUGCCUACAUCACAGACCACAUGAAAGUUCACAGUGAGGGACCCAACCAUACCUGUGACAUCUGUAAUAAAGGAUUCACCACGGUGGCGUAUCUCCGGGUCCACGCGCGGAAACACCACGGCAUCAGUUUGCUGCAGCCCUACCGUUUUGUAUGUGAACAAUGCGGCAUCUACUGCCAUACCCAGGUCCAGCUCAACGGGCACAAGGGGACCCAUGAGAGACCACCGCAAACCUCAGCACUCGGGCUGAAUUGUGCCUCUAACAAUCAGCCCCAGCUCCUGCUGUGAUAAGGUUCUGGAAAAGCCUGCCCUUUGGCUAAAGAGUUCACUUCCAUUCGUCCCUGACUGACUGAGGCCGAAGGUGUGUCUGCCCUUGAACCUGACCCUGUCACAGCCAACCUCAUCAACAACCUGCAAAUCAGCAAGUCGUACCGGAGGGAGAGAGGAGAGAGCGACAGAGUCUGGGGGGCAGAGAGAGAGAGAGAGAGCACACCAGAGUGAGGUGGGAGGGAAGGAGAGAGAGAAAGAGCACACCCGAGUGUGGCGGGUGGGAAGGAGAGAGAGAGAGCGCACUAGAGUGAGGCGGGAGGGAAGGAGAGAGAGAGAGAGACAGACAAGAAAACAGAGCGGGGGACAGAGACAGACAGAACAUGAUACAGACAGACGGACCGAGAGAGAGAGAGAGAGAGAAACGGAAUGAGAAACAGGGUAGGAGAGAAAAAAAGAGUAUGGAGAGAGAGAGAGGGAUUGAUGGAAGGCAGAGUUAGAGACAAGAGUGAGGCAGAGAGGGGAGAUAAGGCACCUGUUAUCUCUCUCCCUCCACCCCCCCUCCACAUCUACCUCCCCCACCCAAAUAUAAACAGAGGGAAUCCCGACAGAUUUCUGGGAUCUCGCUGCUUUGCCCGGGCCCUGGCGCAGAGAGCCCUACAGACUGCAGGGUUCUGUCCUGAUGGAGAACUGUAUAGAUAGGGCAGAGGCGGGGGGUGGGGAGCCCCUAUAGACUGAGUGACUGAGCUGUUUGUGAAUUUACACCAUCGCCUCAGACUUGUUAAUCCUGAGAAUGUGGUUAUUUAUCCCAGUCACUUGGGAGAGCAGAGCACUUACCCAACACUGAGAGUCACAUGCAGGUAUCUAUCACAGCACCAGCCUGCACCCCCCCACCCCUCCCAAAACCCCACCAGGGGUCUCAUAUAGCAGGGAGUCACUCCUGUGUCCUGGGGAGAGUCAGUGUCACACCACCCCCUACCCAGGGAGAGUCAGUUCCCUCCCCGUACCCUGGGGAGACGCUGUUCCCCCUUCAUGCUCUGGAGAGAGUGAGUGCCCUGUACCCCAGGGAGAGUCAGUAUCCCCCGGGGAGCUGUGUCUCUGUGGUGUUAUGAUAUUGAAUCUUGCUGUACAGCGGGAGUUGGAAGCUGAUGAACUGAGCCCUGUCUGUUCGUCAGUGCCAGUGUAGGUUUGGUGGUGGUAGUGGGGGGGCUUUGCCCCAUCUGAGCUCCGUGACUCCAUCUCCGUUAUUGUCCUGUUUGUGAGGAAUCCACCAGCAGGGGCCGGGCUGGACUGUG